CAGACAGUCUACUCUGUAAUCUGUGCAUCUUAUUUGAUGCUCUGUGGUGGUUGCUCUCGAUUAAAUUAUAAACAAAUUCAUAAACAAUAAUCCAGUAGUACAGCAAAGCAAAGUAUCUUAAAUUGAGGGAAUUGAUAUUCCGAGCAAUGGUUGAUGACCAACCUUCAAUUAUUUCUUAUUCAGCAAACACUGUUUUUCCAUAAUUAUCCUUUUAACCCAUCAAUAUGUCCAAUUUAAGAAAAUCAGUAUUAAAUAAAAAUCCCAGUGGUUUUGGUUUGGUGAGGAGUCCCACCGACUUCACACCUUUACCCCCUUCAGACUACUUUGAUACUGAGGAAGAUAUUGUAACAGGUAAUGGAAGUUUUCAUGUAUAUAAAAAAGGGAAUACUGGCCCAAUUUUAUGUUGUCUUCAUGGAGGUGGUUAUUCUGGGCUGACCUGGGCCCUUUUUGCUGUUGAAAUUUGUAAAAAUAUAGAAUGUCAGGUUAUAGCUAUAGAUUUAAGAGGACAUGGAUCAUCAUCAACAAAUGACGAUUCAAACUUGGCUCUCGCUACACUAUCAAGAGAUGUUGUGGAUGUAUUAGCAAAAAUAUGUGAGAAUAAUGAGGUACCUAUUAUUCUAAUUGGUCAUAGUAUGGGAGGAGCUGUAGCAGUAGAUGCUGCUCAUUACAUAGAUUCCAUCGCAGGUCUUUGUGUUAUUGAUGUUGUUGAAGGUACUGCCUUAGAGGCUUUGUCAUCUAUGCAGAAUAUAUUACGGGGAAGGCCAUCAAGUUUCAAAAGUAUAGAAAAUGCUAUACAGUGGUGUUUCAAAAGUGGUCAGACCAGGAAUAUUGAAGCAGCAAGGAUAUCCAUGCCUGGCCAAAUAAUUGAAGUUGAUAAUAAAGAACUUUUGGCCAGUAGUGAUUCAUCAAAUAAUUUCGCAAUUCAAGAGGAAACUGAAGGUUUUGACGAAACUAAAGAAGAAAAUUUUGGCAAACCCCCUUUACCUCCAAAAGCUUCAUCUAUUCCCAUAGUCAAAUCAACGACAUCCACUCCAACAGUUGCUUAUGCUUGGAGGAUCGAUCUUAAAAAGACUGAAUCUUUUUGGACUGGCUGGUUCCAAGGACUAUCUCAGAAGUUUUUAGAUGUACCUGUCCCUAAAAUUCUACUCUUGGCAAACGUGAACGGCUUAGAUACUGCUCUUACUGUUGGUCAAAUGCAGGGUAAAUUUCAAUUUAGAGUUCUGUCCAAAUCAGGUCAUGCUAUUCAUGAAGAUCAGCCACAUCAGGUGGCUGAAAUCAUUUCUAUUUAUCUGGUGAAGCAUAAGUUGGCCAAUCCUAAAGACGGUUUCGAAAUACCGAAAAUGUUCGCCUAAUGUUGAAGGUGAUCAUUUCCGAAAGAGAAAACUUUAAAUAUAUGGUGAAUGUUUUGAAAUCUUUAAUGUGUAAAUAAUAAAGAUGUGAAUAAUU